AUGUUUUCGCAGCGUAAUCCGUCGUUCGAUGACACCGAGAUGCGGGCUGUGGUUGGCAAUUUGACUGCCAACGUGGCCACCAGCCUAACUAACGCGCAAGUGAACUUUUCUUUAGGCUUACCGUCGUCCUUUGUUUUUGUUUAUUGACCCGCUCCAGUGUCUGUCGCCUGGCGUUUCUGUAUUCCCUCUCUCUACGGGUUCUUGUAGGCCCUGUCUCGGGAAAAGAAGGCAGUUCUUUUUCGUUCGUAAAAUGGCCGAAUCGCCGAGCGCUGCGUCUACUACCAGAGCGCGUCGAACGGCAGCUGAGAACGUUUGAUACGGGGGCGCCAAUACUAACUCGCGAGGCCCGAUCCAGGAUGCGCGCCAUGAGUCCGGCCUCGGCGACCGGGACCGUCCUCACGACCGAGAGUUACGUCCACGUGCAGUGGGCUUGGUUGACAUUUCUGGCCAUUCAAGUAGCACUCGCGGUCAGUUUCCUCUUCGGAAUCAUGGUCCAGACGGCCGUCUGGGACGUCAAGAUCCUCAAGGGAUCUCCCGAGGCGGCGCUACUUGCUAUUUCUGCCGACGAGAAGGCAUAUCUCGAGUCACGGGAAGACAUGUUUCUAGGCAACGGCCAGGGAAGCGAAACGACUCGCAAGAUGAGCAACAUAACCUGCCGUUUUCGCCUGGGGGAACGGGGCUGGGGGUUGGAACUAGGUAAGAGAGAAGACGGAUGACCGAGACGCCGUAUAGAUAUAAAAAAGUGCAAUCUGUCGGGGGAGAUACGUACAAUACACACACACAACUCGUGUUCGUGCAUGCCCAGUUCGCUAAGAUGAAGAACAUGAAACGUCAUCGAUGGGCUGCGACGCGCCGUCUGGUCGGUCGGCUGCACUGUCUCUGCUGUGACUUUCCUGCAACACACUCAGCCCGCAGAAGCACAAGCAGAUGCUCCAUGGUUGGGUAAAGAUGGAGUUUGAGUCGUGCGACC